CAAGCUCCUUGCCUCUAUGAGCACACCGGUCAUCUGAGAUGAACACAUGUGAUGACUGUCUGGGAGAAUGUAGGCAGAGAGAGUAGAGAGAGAGAGGUUCCAUUGGCCCAUUGUUUCCGGGUUCUAUUAUUGGGGGGGAAAUCCCUCUUUAGGCAGACCUAGGCAGACCUGAGGACUGUUCUAUUCAAUGCUAGGAGCAUUAUGACACGCCCCUUUAGGCAGACCGGAACCUGGUCAUGUUAGGUGCCCAUAGAAACCUAUUAUGUUGGCAUAUCUCCAUACUUAAAGAAUCUCUGAUGUAGGUUCUUUCCAAUAUACAGAUUCCCAUGAUCGGCCUGUGCUUGUGGCCUCCCGUUUCCCUGAUGCCCUGCCGCCUACGUGGAGAAAACAAUAACGUUUCCCCACUGCCGGCUUAGCCACAAAAGCUUUUGGCGGACUAUUCUUCAUUAGCCAGGCUGUGCCCUCCUAGUGACGCAACAGCUUCAGCGUUGCUACCAGUCAGGUCAAGAGUCAAUGCAAGUACUUUCUGAGUUCCCACAAAUACAGGAGCUCCUCCCACUUUGUUGGGAAGCAGACAAACAUUUGCAAACCAAGGGAGGCCUUUUGGGAAAUGCCAUUUGGGAAAUGUUAAUUGUUAUGCUCUUGGUCAGACGAAGUCUCAAAGAGAUUUGAAAGUCGAUGACAAUGAGGCUAAUUCUUCAUUCACCAUCCUGACUGAAAAUGACAUUAGAAUUGCGCUUUUGUGAGAUAUUGAAAUACACCUCUGGCGUCAGUGACGUCAUCACGAGGCCACAAGCAGGCAAGGGAGCAAGGCAGGACGGGAGUCAGGGUAUUAGAAAGGACCCUGUAGGUGCUGCCACUUCUGUGCACGGCUUCUCUGGGACUUCCUGGAGGCGUGGUCAGGAGGAUGGAGCCAGCCAAUCCGAUGAAUGUGUGGAUGUGGGAGUCUCCACUGUGUGAUCUAUGGAGGAGGGGCGUCGUCUCCCCCCUAAACCCAGAGCCAGUGCCACACCUGUCGGACAGUGAGGUGCUAAACCCCAUGGAGAAGACAGAGCAGAUUAGUCAGGCCAGCUCCCUGACACACACCUCUGGCCCUGACUCACACACAUGGUGUGUCAGACACCGGUGGAGAUGGCUGCUACAAGAGAAGAGAGCAGGUGUCCAUCUUCAAACCCAGCAACAUGGCUCUGCCAUCCCUAAGUCCUUGCUACAGGCUGCCAUCCCCACACCUUGGUACGCACUCUCAGGGUACACUAUAGAAGAUGAGAACACGGGUCCACUGGCUUCAAGCCCACUGCCUUGCUGCAGGAUACCAGGGUACACCAUGGCAGAUCAGAACAUAUGCCCCUUGGGCCCACUAGCCUCAAACCCAACACCUUGUUGCAGACUAUCAUGGCAUGCUACUGGAGCAAGAGAUCAUCAGAGCAUGGGCCCACUAUCUUCAGCCCCAACAGCUUGCUACUGGCUAUCGAGGUAUACUUCGGCAGGUCACACCUCAACCAGAGAGGAGACCUUCAUCUCCCCAUGCGUUACGUCACUGCCCUUGAAAAACGCCAUUGCAGAGGCCACUAGACUCAGUUGUCUCAAGCCUGAGGUCCACAAGAACUUGCACUCUCCAGCCAAUAUGGUGGAGUUUAGCUCGAUACUCUUCCAAGCUGCUCGUCAGAGCAGAGAGACAUUCGGAGGUUGGGACGAGCAUGGAAGUGGACUCAUUAGUUGUCUCAAGAGAACCAGAGGCCCGUUUCCUGUCGUGUUUGUUCAAGUUCAGCCUGUCGUCCCACCUGCUUGCUCCACCAAGUCCACCCAGCGCUGUAGUAGGCUAGCUCCUUGUUGUCACUGUAUAUACAACCCAACCUCAUGCUCUAGCCAUUGUGGGAUAUUUCCUCGUCCCAGAACUUUAGAAUGUCGUACAGCUAAAUCUAACUUAAUGUACAACUACACCUCUUGCACUAACCAUUUUGGAACAUUGAAUCGUCCCAGAACCUUAGCGUGUAGCACAGCUGAAUCUAACUUCAUGUUCUGUAGUGAGGAAAUCACUUGUCAAGAUUACGGUCACAAUGAUAUUUUCUUUAGGACAACAGUUAAUGACCCUUGUCAUGCAAAGACUAUGGUGACGUCGCCGUGCUUAGCGUUGUUCCCUGACUUCGUCACAUUGUCUUGUGAGGCAUUCCUCCCAAUGCUCCCAAUCCUGUUCCCUCCAGAAGACACCAAUUCUUCCUGUUGUACCGCCGGGGUUAGCAGAAGUGAUCCUUCUUUGACAGCUGGAGAAGAGCUGGAUGCAGACAGCUUUGAUGACCCAACAAUCCGGCGCUUACGCAACAUACACCACUACAAGAACAGUUGUAACGUGGUGGAGGCCGAAGGGUCAGACAUUGAUGACGUCAUCGACAUCGACUCGGACGUAUCUGAUAUGUCGCCCUCCCGCAACAUUCACCACGACAACAGCAGUCAUGACGUGCUGGACGCCGAAGGAUCAGACAUUGAUGACGUCAUCGACUCGGACGUAUCUGAUACGUCGUCCACCCACAACAUCCACCACGACAACAGCAGUCAUGACGUGGUGGAGGCCGAAGGGUCAGACAUCGAUGGCGUCAUCGAUGCGGACGCGUCUGCUACACUGUCCAACCAGAGCAUCCAACAAUACAACAGCAGUUCUGAUGUGGUGGAGACAGAACGGUCAGAUGUCAACGAUGAUGUUUUCGACUCGGGUGCGUCUUCUACGCUGUCCAACUACCACUACAACAGCAGUCGUGACACGAUGGAAACAGAACGGCCAGAUGUCAACGAUGUCAUGGACUCGGACGCAUCGCCUGACACGUCAUCCACACGACGCAAGCUUGUGGUGUCUGUUGAUGGGACUGAGUCAGCCAUCGAGAGGACCAGGCGAUGGAGCGCUUCGGCCUGCCUAAGGACCCCUCAGGAGGAGGAGCCCCAUCUCCAUCUCCACUCUACAGCGUCGUCAUGUUCAGACGGCCAGAGCAGGAGGCCUCUGAAGAAGAGCGUGUCUUUCUGUGAGGAGGUCACCGUUUUCCUCUUUGACAAGGAAACCCCCACCCAUGGAUUAGGACCCCCAUGUUCCCCGGUGGAGAACGGUGUGCCUAGACCCACCAGUGGUCAUGCCGACUCAUUCUCACCAGAAGCUGAGAACAUCCAUGAUGUUGAAGAUGAGUUGGAGUGGGAGGAUGAUUUCUCCGCGGCAGCGUUGUCAUCGUCUCUUCCUGUUUUGAGGAAAGCCGAUCCUUUUCCCCAGUGGGACACUUCUGAUGGUCCUGCGUAUCUGCAGCCAGGCAGAUCUGACUCCUUGCGUCAUGUGGACUUGAUCAAGUGCUCCCCCUACUCCAUCACACACAUCACAGACUCGGAUUUGGAGUAGAGAGAGGA